CGUCUGCAACCCUUCGUCUUUUUCGUUUUUCUUCUUGAACCGGCCACCCUUUCCAAAAAAACCACCAUCACCCACAUUACUCUUAUAGUAACAGUAUAAAGACGAUGGCGUCCAAUGACAAUUCACCGCCAUCACCGCAAUCAGAAGUUCGGCAUCUGUCCUCCAUUUCAGUCAGACAGAAUGUUCUCAUAAGCGAAGACCCCACUCUUAUUCCAACACCCUCCGCUAAUACUCCCAUUCCAUCCGCCCUCCAUGAAGAAGCAGAAGAAAAAUCCUCCAGCUACCCUGGUGGAGCAUCACCAAAACAGCCACCACCACCGUUAGACGACAGUGUCAAGAUUGAUCUGCGCGACCACCUCACGCCACACAACGACCCAUCCAAUCUCUUUGCUUUCACCCCCGAUCAGCUCUCCGCUCUGAUGGAUCCCAAAAACUUGCCGCUGCUCUACAGUUAUGGUGGUCUUGACGGCGUCGCAAAGGGUCUGCACGUCGAUCUGCAGACUGGCUUGGUCCCUAACACUAAAAUACAGACGCCUGUCACCUUAAACGAUGUGAUGCCCUUGAGUCGUAAUGCAGCAGACUCGCCGUCUGAGCCGCCAGAGCCUCGACCGCGCGCUCGUUCCAUGACCGUCUUGAGCACUGCCACCGGCGCCACUCGAACAGAGCCUACCACGGCUUUCCCACAACGCGUCAAUGUGUUUGGCGCAAACUUAUUACCAGACGUCAAGUCCAAAAGCAUCUUCCAGCUGAUGUGGAUGGCCUUCCAAGAUAAAACUCUGAUCCUUCUUACUGUCGCUGCCAUUGUCUCUUUGGGUGUCGGUCUCUAUGAAGACAUUGCUGUCCCAGAAUACGAUGCCAUGGGCAACCGGAUACCCGGUGUCAAGUGGGUCGAAGGUGUCGCUAUCAUUGUUGCUGUACUUCUCGUCGUUAUGGUCGGUUCCGUCAACGACUUUCAAAAGGAACGCCAGUUCCGCAAGCUCAACGCAAAGAAAGAAGAUCGUGUCGUCAAGGCUACACGUGAAGGCGUCAUUGGCAUGAUCUCUGUCCGCGAUGUCCAAGUCGGUGAUAUUCUGCAUCUUGAACCAGGAGACAUUGUCGCUGUCGAUGGUGUCUUUAUUGAAGGCCACAACCUCAAGUGUGACGAGUCUGCCGCUACGGGUGAAUCUGACGCCGUCCGCAAGCAGAACUGGGAAACCUGCUACCGUCAAAUGCAAGGCGCCAACAACGACUACGCCGGUGGCUCCGAUCUGAAGAAACCAGCUGCUCCUGCAGGAGGCGAGCACAAGGCCAACACGGAUCCUUUCAUCCUUUCGGGUGGCAAAGUGCUCGAAGGCGUCUGCACAUAUCUUGUCACUUGUGUCGGUACCAACUCGUACUAUGGCCGUACCAUGAUGGCCUUGCGCUCAGAACCCGAAAGCACCCCACUCCAGGAAAAGCUCAACUACCUUGCCGAAAUGAUUGCCAAGCUUGGCUCAGCAGUCGGUUUGCUCAUGCUUAUCGUCUUGCUUAUCCGCUACUUUGUCACUUGGAAGGACGGUGUGCCCGACCAGGCAACCGAUAUCGUUAUGGAUAUCAUGAAGAUUCUCAUCGUCGUUGUCACCAUUGUCGUCGUCGCUGUUCCUGAAGGCUUGCCGUUGGCUGUUACACUUGCCCUUGCUUAUGCAACUCAGCGCAUGCUCAAAGACAACAACUUGGUGCGUGUGCUUGCAGCUUGCGAGACCAUGGGCAAUGCUACCACCGUCUGCUCUGACAAGACCGGCACAUUGACACAAAACAAGAUGGCUGUCGUCGCCGGCACCUUGGGAUGCUCGUUCCGCUUCCUCAAGAACGCUCCCUCUGACCGCACUGAUCUGUCUGACAUUAGCCAGGUGGCUGAAAAGGUACCCAAGCAGGUACUGAACAUGCUCAACCAAUCCAUUGCCGUCAACUCUUCUGCAUUUGAAGGCAAAGACGAGAACGGCAACGAUGUCUUUGUGGGCAACAAGACCGAAACCGCCCUGCUCGCCUUUUCGCGUGACGUUGGAUCGGAUCACUACGAUACCAUCCGCAACAACCAUCCCGUCGAGCACGCCUUCCCUUUCAGCUCUGAGCGCAAGGCCAUGGCCACCGUUGUUCGUGUCCCUCACCCAGACGAUCCCAAGCGCACGAUCUACCGAGUCCACAUCAAGGGCGCUUCUGAAAUCCUUUUGCAGAACUGUAACCAGAUUGUCACCUUGCAGCAGAGCAACUACAAGUCCGCCACGCAUGAUUAUGAUGUCCGAACACGCAGCUUGACUCAGGAAGAUAACACCCGUCUUGAGCGUAUUAUCCAGAGCUACGCCUCUCGCAGUCUGCGUACGCUCGGUAUCGGUUACCGCGACUUUGAGCAAUGGCCCCCACAGUCUGCUAGCAGCCCCAUGCCCGAUGCGGACGGCGAAGCAGCCGAAGUCCCGUAUGAAGACAUUGUCCACGACAAGGGAGUAACCCUUUUGGGUAUCGUUGGUAUCGAAGAUCCUCUGCGCGAUGGCGUCACAGAAGCUGUCAAGGCCUGCCAAAGCGCCGGUGUAUUCGUUCGCAUGGUUACCGGUGACAACUUGGUAACAGCCAAGGCCAUUGCUAAGCAAUGCGGUAUCUACACAACCGGUGGCGUUGUCAUGGAAGGUCCCACAUUCCGAAACUUGCCACCUGCUGAAAUGGACGCCAUUCUUCCUCGUCUGCAAGUCCUGGCCCGCUCGAGUCCCGAAGACAAACGUAUUCUGGUCACUCGCUUGCGCGAUCUCGGUGACAUUGUCGCUGUCACUGGUGACGGUACCAACGAUGGUCCUGCACUCAAGUCUGCCGAUGUCGGUUUCUCCAUGGGUAUUGCCGGUACCGAAGUUGCCAAGGAAGCCUCCAGUAUUAUCUUGAUGGACGACAACUUUUCUAGUAUCGUCAAGGCCAUCAGCUGGGGUCGCUGUGUCAACGACGCUGUCAAGAAGUUCUUGCAAUUCCAACUGACUGUCAACAUUACUGCCGUUGUUACUACCUUCUUGUCCUCGGUCAUCAGUACAAACCAAAAGUCUGUCCUCACGGCUGUCCAGCUUUUGUGGGUCAACCUGAUCAUGGACACAUUCGCUGCUUUGGCCCUUGCUACCGAUCCUCCCACACAAGAACUUUUGGAACGUGCACCUGAACCUCGCUCAGCACCUUUGAUCACUUUCAAGAUGUGGAAGAUGAUUUUUGGUCAAGCUAUCUUCCAGAUUGUGGUAACCGUAGUCUUGCUCUACAGCAACGUUCUCGAGUAUGAUACCGAAAGUCCUGUCUUGCAAACUGUGGUGUUCAACACCUUUGUCUUUUGCCAGAUCUUUAACGAAAUCAACUGCCGACGCAUCGACAGCCAGCUCAAUGUUUUCACCAACAUAUUUGCCAACAAGUUCUUUGUUAUUAUCUUUAUCAUUUGUGUCGCCGGUCAAGCACUUAUCGUCAACUUUGGCGGCGCUGCAUUCCAGGUUGUCCGAAUUGACGGCAUCCACUGGGCCAUUUCCGUCCUUGUCGGUCUUCUCGCUCUGCCCAUUGGCGUUGUAAUCCGUCUUAUUCCGGACAACCUGUUUGCCUUUGUCCUCUUCAAGUCGACUACCCGUGAGCGAUACCUCGGUCAUUCGCAAAAGGUGCCAUCCAUGUACAUGGCUGGUAACGAGCGCAUGUCGUGGAGCAACACAUACGAUGACGUCCAGCAGGGCAUCCAGUCCAUGAAGCAUUCCGAAGAAACCACCCAGCCCUCAUCAAAGCAGCAGGGAGCACUUGCUGCAUCUGUGAUGCUUCCUAGCCUCGUGGCCACGGCUCCUUCAACUGGAUGGGUGCCCCCGGAUCACGAAAAUGAAAAUCAGAACACGCAAUACUCGUACACAUCAAGAUCAUUCCGUAGCAACGAUUAAGGAGAGACCAGCAGCAGCAGCAGCAGCAGCAGCAUAAAAAAGAAAGUUGUAACCGAGAGCGCCAAAAGAGCAAUACACGCAGGAUAUCCCUUCCCGCAUACUACACUCUAUACAUAUAUACUUAUCCACUCACACACUUCUCCUAUCUAUCAUCUUUACUCCUAAAUCUAUUUUCUUUGCUUUCGCUUACGCUCUCGCUCUCUCUCUCUUUCUCUUUCUCUUUCUCUGUGUCUUUCCUU